CUGUAGGGAUGGGUCAAUGUGGUCACGGAGCUAUUUCCAUUUGUGUCAUGGCCAGCUGACAGGGGGCUGUGUUUACGGUUCUGUGUGAGUGUAGUCAGCAGAUAAGAAAGCACCUGAUUGGUUAUGCCAGUAAUGACUUAAUCAGAUCAGACUCGAGAGAAGAAAAGAGGAUAUUGCAUUUCUUUUGUUUUGGGAUGGGCUUACAUUCGGUUUUUAAUAGAAGAAACUGGAUCUUCGAUAAUUUGAUCUGCCAGCAUAUUAUACAAAUAUAAACAGACCCAGGCACAGACACGGGGGCAUGCCUUAAAGGGAUAGUUCAGCUUUUACGCAACCUCAUGUCAUUCCAAACCUGCAGAACACAAAAGAUAUUUUGAAGAACACUGGUAACUGAAAACCGCUGGCUCUCAUUGACUUCCACUGUAUGGACACAAAACCACAAAGACAUUUCUCAAAAUAUUUUCUUUUGUGUUUCACAAAAGAAAGAGUUAUAUACAGAUUUUACAUGACGUGAGGGUGAAUAAAUGAUGGCCGUCUCUGGAAAUCAAAUGCCAGAAGACUAAACAGAUACAUAUAACUUCAAUUGAACAUUGGAGACCUCUGGUGGUCAGAAGUAUACCACACACACUUCAGAAGUCUCAAUGCUAGUUUAGCUCUCCUAGUUAGCUCUCUAUCGAUGUAAACAACGCAUUUUUAGGUGUUCUCGGGGUCAUCUUUUAGUGCCUAUGUCACCUAAUAGUUUUUUCACUAUUUAAACCUAUCUGGUUGCUAAGAUUUACCAGAGUUUGUUUAUUGUGCUUGGUGCCACCUUUGAUUUGGUAUCACGUGAGAGGGAUAGACGCAAGCUUUAAUGUGCGUUAAGCUUGAAACUUCACCCUAAUAUUUAUUCACAGUGAUUCUCUAAUCUAGAGAGGUUUACAGUUAUUUUACUGCUGUUAAUUUGACAUGAGAUGAAAUGGAGACGGGAAAAUUAAGGCGUGUUUUGUGACUGUCAAUGAAUGUUCAAAAAACAUAUAUGAGCUGUGUCAUUUGAAAUGAAUAUGGUAUCUGAUAUGGUUAUGGCAACCAGAAGAUUGGUGUCAUACUAUGAUGCCAUGCCAUCUACAGUAACAUGCAAACAAUAGGGCUAUAAAUAUUGCUUCCAAGCAGAUGUCCAUUGAGAUUUAUUAUAAUUCAACUAUACAUUUUUUGAACAUGUACAAUGGUAGUUUAAAAAUAACUACAUUUAAAAAAUACCUAAGAGACCACAGCCAGGAUCGAGAGAUCUUACAUGAUCGGUUGAAUGGUUUUGGUGACAUUUCGUCCUUAGCUCCUCCCACAUGAGGUGACAGGAUUAGAGGAAUAAGUAGAGCCUAAUUAGUUUUAAUAGCUGCCCUGUGUAGAAUGUCUCUGGAGAAACAAACAACAACUCACGCAUGGACGCUGACAUACAACUGUGCGAGUUAAGGAGACGAUGGUGCUCUCCUUGGUGCUCUCCUUCUCAACUCAACAUGUUCAAUCUCAUGAGCAACUGCUGCAGUUGGGUCUCCAAACUCCAGCAACCUCUGAGGAAGGUCACAGUGUUAGUGGUUGGCUUGGACAAGGCUGGAAAAACAUCUUGUGUCAGAGGGAUGAUGAGAGUGCCUCCUGGAGAAGUGGGUCCCACUCGUGGAUGUGUCAGCACUGAACUGAGGGUAGAGAACUACCUGGUUAACAUACUAGACAUGGGUGGAGCUCCUGAGGUUCGAGGGUCCUGGAUAGAGCGUUAUGGUGAAGCUCACGGGAUCAUCUUUGUGAUCGACUCCAGCGACAGACAACAAAUGAAAGAUGUCAGAGAAGCUUUGGUGGACUUGCUGAAGCACCCAAGAGUGGCUGGGAAACCUCUAUUAGUGCUUGCGAAUAAGCAGGACAAAAUGAACGCUUUGCUGGGAAAUGAACUUAUUGAGAUUCUUUCCCUUGAGAGGCUAGUUAACCAGAGCCGGUCCCUCUGUCACAUUGAACCAUGUUCUUCCUUAAUGGACCUGCAUCGCUGGUCAGACAGAAAGACCCUGCGUGGUCUCAGAUGGUUACUGCGAGCCGUGUGUCUGGACUACCCAGACCUCUGUGCCCGUGUGAUGAGGGAUGGAAAGCGACCAAUAGGCCCAGAGGAUAAAGACUGGAGAGGAAAAACAGAGAAGAACUGCAACAAAUCUAAAAUGGAGAGAACCCGAACAAGCAAAAUAGAUAUUCGUCAAGAACAGCACACAGAAAAAGUGACAAAAAAUGGGACGCUGCAACCAAUCAGAAAUAUUCUGAAUCAGGAAAACUCUUUUAAAAAGAAUCUAAAGAAAAAGAAGAAGGUGACGAUUAAGAUUAAAAAGGGGAGUGCAAGCCAAGGAGCUGUGAAGGAAGAAGAGGUUGAGGAGACUGAAGCAAAACAGGACCAAAACGCUCUGAAGGAUAAAUCCAGCAAUAUAAACUGGAAACAUGGAAAGCUGAAACUCAAAACCAAAGUGAAAGAGAAGACUUUGGUUUCACCAGAAUCCCUCCAAAAUGAGGUCCCCAAAACCCCUAAAGAAAAAGAGGAAAGAAAAAGGAAGAAGACGGUUAAAGGAAAGCGAAAGAACAAGAUAAACACAGAGGGAGUUCCAGCUGCUUAUAUGCAGCCAGUUGAUCUUUCAACCACUUUCGACCUUUACAGAAAAGCAAUUUUGGCUCUCAAAGCCCGACAGGAACAGGAGGUUGCGGGGCGGUGAAGAGAAAGGAUCAUCAUGGCAGAUCUGUGCAGCAAUGGAUGGCUUCCAAACAUUCUAAACCAUUUAUUAUUAUAAUUUUUGUAUUUACUGGUGAUGAGCUCAGCCUAUCUCUAAGCUACAGUUACUGUUUUGUAAUGGUUAGCAGUGUGGAGCCAUGUUUUGUAAAACAUGUCAGCAGUUUCGUUUUGGCAUCCGUGCAGGAAUUUCUGGCAUGAAAAACUGCAUCCAACCUAUGAUAAUGAUAAUGUGGUUCUAUGUCGUUUUUGAAGAAAAAAAACAUGCAUAUGUGUUUUGCAUGUCAGUUGCAAAUCAAUUUGAUAAAUAAACAGAAUAGCUUACUAUGGUAAAUAUUAAAAUGUGUUCACCUUGAUUUUUGAAGGAAUUUUAUAUCUUUUUUUAAACAAUCUAUCCAUUUCUUUUUAACCAGUUUAUACUUUUUAUAGGUUUGUGGUUGUUUUAUAUAGAAAACGAAAUGCAUGACGGGAUGCUUAUUUAAGUGCACAAAAACAAAAUAAUUCUCCCUGAUAUUCCCCUGUAAAGCAAUAAAAGAUGAUU